GAAAUUCCGUUCGUUCUAUGGUGGCGCUGUUUUCGGCGCACAGUGUCUGUUUUAGAAAAGGUUCGAUGCAGCGUUAUUUCAAUAGAUAUAGAUAUAUCACGUGCGUGUAAAGACAGUGCAGUGCCAAAAGAUCAUAUUUUACUCAAGUUUUAUAAUUAAUUUAACAAUAAACCAAGCAAAAUGGCAGGAGUUCUAUUUGAGGACAUUUUUAAUGUGAAAGACAUCGACCCAGAGGGGAAAAAAUUUGACAGAGUACUGAGGCUCCACUGCGAGUCCGAGUCCUUCAAGAUGGAUCUCAUUCUGGACAUCAACAGCUGGCUCUACCCGAUGGAAUUAGGUGACAAAUUCCGCUUGGUAUUGGCUACGACUUUGAGAGAGGAUGGCUACCCCGAUGGCGGCGAUUGGAAUCCCGCUGACGUGGACACCAGCUCGAGAGCGAGCUCGUUCGAGUACGUGAUGUCCGGCAAGGUCUACCGGAUAGAAGGUGAUGAGGCCAACAACGAGCCUAGCAGUCGAUUAUCAGCCUACGUGUCGUUCGGAGGUCUACUGAUGCGGCUGCAGGGCGACGCCAACAAUCUGCAUGGCUUCGAGAACGAUUUACGCAUGUACCUUCUCAUGAAGAAGCUCGCCUUUUAAAUAAUGCAAGAAGCCUCGGAGUUUGCGGCUUCGCGAGCGAGACAAAUUGCGAAGCGAGCGAUGGUCGCCUAGUUUAAUAUCUUUAAUAUUUAUCGAGGAAGACGUACGAAUGUUUAAUGUAUACCACGCGCCGCCCGCGCCUCAACUCGAAGGAGUCUCUAUUUUCUCUUUCCUAUAUUGAAUAUGAGAGAGCUCGAAGAAAAUUAUCUUGAUUGCAUUCCGACAUUUUUCGAGCGUGUCACGUGCGUACAAAUGCGGCAGUUGCAGCGGAUUUUUUUUUUCACCGACGAGCAUUUCCAACUUUAUGUAACAUUUUGUAAUUCCGAUAGACAUUCGUACGACGUUAGGUAAUUUUUUCUAUGAAUAUUUGUACCAUGUAUACUAAGAAAAUAAUAAAUUUCAUAUACGUAUAAAUCAAAAAAAAAAAAAAAAAAGGAUCUUUGAUACUAUUUCGAAUACUUGAAUCUUUGAAUCCUCAAAAAAUCCCUCUCAAUUCCUAAAAUAAAGUAUUGUCCUAUUAAUGCAAGCAAACGUUGUUUAUAUAAAUACAUAUCCGUUCUGGUCAAGAGUAAUCACGCUCGUUACAGAGCACACAAACGCAGAUGGAGACGCGCAAUGAAGAAGAAAAAGAAGAAGUAAAAAAAUUCAAGACUGCUGAGAUUUACAUAAUACAACAUGGAUAAUGACAGACUGUCAGUAAGUUCGCGUGUGCUCGUGGCAGAACAAUAACGCAAAGUUAAUAAUGAAAAUAUCCACGCGCACCGAGAAGACGGAGAGAGAGAGAGAAAAAAAUAAGUACAAAAGUAACGUCUCCGCGAAGGCACAAACAGAGGAGAGUCGAAGUCCGAUGCAGUGCGCACGGCUCCAAAGCGGCGAUACGUGAGAAAAAUGUAUCCAACGUAGGCGUGUAUAGCAGCACACACGUGUAGUACGCGCGAGAUCGAUUAGCACCUCAUACGAACGCGCGCGCGUUAAAUAAUGUUUCGCGCUUGUUAUUAUAAUGACUACUAUCCAGCAUAGACC